AUGGAAAGAGAUGAACACCCAGAAAUGUGCGAAAAUGGUGUUAUGUCAUGUGAAUCGAAGGAAUUUUCCGCCGACAAUCACGAUUCCGACGCUGUAGAAGCAAGUGAGGAUACUGCUACAAGUGGAAGCCAAGAGGUUUCUCCCGCCAGUGGACCAACACUUCCCAUUCUGCAGAAAAUUGUUGAUUUGAGUAACAAAAUCAAGGUCUUGAAGGAUGAACAUGCGUCGGUAUCCAACCAAGUAAAAGAGAUCAAGAAUUAUUCCUUCGUAGAGCCAGAAAUGUCAAGGGCUCUCCAGCUUCUAACUACUGAGCUUGGAACUCUGAAAAAGCAGUACUUGGAAGAGUCAUCAGAGAGGAAGCGAUUAUACAAUGAAGUGAUCGAACUCAAGGGAAAUAUCAGGGUCUUUUGCAGAUGCAGGCCCUUAAACCAAGCUGAAAUAGCAAAUGGAUGUGCUUCUGUGGUUGAGUUUGAUCCAUCCCAGGAAAAUGACCUCCAAAUACUUUCAAACGAUUCUUCCAAGAAGCAUUUUAAGUUCGACCAUCUGUUUAAGGCUGAGGAUGGGCAAGAGACUGUUUUUGCACAGACGAAGCCUAUAGUUACUUCUGUGCUGGAUGGAUAUAAUGUCUGCAUUUUUGCCUAUGGGCAAACUGGAACUGGAAAGACGUUUACCAUGGAGGGAACACCAGAGAAUAGAGGAGUGAACUAUAGGACAUUAGAAGAAUUGUUUCACUGUUCAGAAAGCAGAAGUCGUCUCAUGAAGUUUGAGCUAUCUGUUAGCAUGUUGGAAGUCUACAAUGAGAAGAUAAGGGACCUUUUGGUAGAAAAUUCAAACCAACCGCCUAAAAAGUUGGAAGUUAAGCAAUCAGCAGAAGGAACACAAGAAGUCCCUGGAUUAGUCGAAGCACAAGUUUACAAUACAGAUGAAGUGUGGGAUCUGCUCAAGAGAGGAUAUGGUGUUAGAUCUGUGGGAUCAACAGCUGCAAACGAGCAAAGCAGCCGCUCUCAUUGCUUGUUGCGAGUGACAGUGAAGGGAGAAAAUUUUAUCAAUGGUCAGAAAACCAGAAGCCAUUUAUGGUUGGUGGACUUGGCUGGCAGUGAGCGAGUAGGAAAGGUAGAAGUCGAAGGAGAAAGACUGAAAGAAUCUCAGUUUAUCAAUAAAUCUCUAUCGGCUCUGGGUGAUGUAAUAUCAGCUCUUGCAUCCAAAACAAGCCACAUUCCUUACAGAAACUCAAAGCUUACUCAUAUGCUGCAAAAUUCUCUCGGUGGAGACUGCAAAACGUUGAUGUUUGUUCAGAUCAGCCCGAGUUCCGCCGAUGUAGGAGAGACUCUUUGCUCUUUAAACUUCGCAAGUAGAGUCCGCGGGAUCGAAAGUGGACCUGCUCGGAAACAGGCGGAUGUGUCUGAAGUCCACAAGUUAAAACAAAUGGCAGAGAAGCUGAAACAGGAGGAGAAAGAAACGAAGAAGCUGCAGGACAGUGUGCAGUCACUGCAGCUACGCCUCGCUGCUAGAGAACACAUAAGCAAAGGAUUACAAGAUAAGCUUCGUGAUCUGGAAUAUCAACUUGCAGAAGAAAGGAAAACCAGAAUCAAGCAGGAGACACGAGCUCUUGCGACUGCAUCAUCAUCAGCAUCAACAACAACAACAUCUAGACAGCUGAGAGAUGCACUACCGACGAUAACAGAGAAAAAGCCGCCUUUGGCUCCCUCAAGAAUGCGAAUGCCACUCAGAAGGAUCACGAACUUCAUGCCUCAACAACCAUCUCAGGGUCCUUCCAAGAGAUUCUCAGAUGCGACAUACAAAGAGAAUAAUAAUAACAAUAACAGCAACAGAAGAGCAUCUUCCAUGGACCAGCUGAUGAAACCAAGAAGAAGCUCCAUCGCAUUCAGACCAGCUGCUCCUCCAUCAGCUGUUGCAUCAGGUAACAACAAAACAUUGCAGCCGAGAAGGAGAGUCUCUAUAGCAACGUUUAGACCAGAACCAUCACUACAAUCAUCUCACAUGAACAUGACCACUCCAUCACGCCCUUCUUCAUUUUCCUUCCGUGGUGGUCAACCGAGAAAGACGAGAUACUCUAAGCUCUUCUCUCCAGACCAAAAUCUGGUGACUCCGAAUGCAAUGAAAAACAGCAGAUUCGUGAAGAGCCCUCUUGGAGGAGGAGGAGGAGGAGGCAGCUCGUGGAAGCCGAGCCAUCCAACGGUGGUUGCAUUGCAGAAGAAGGCUGUGAUUUGGAGUCCGCUUAAGUUCAAGAACAGGAGACCAUCCUUCAUAGCGAUGCGAGCUUCUGGUGCUUCGUCUUCUUCUUCGGCCACCGAUAUGCUCCGGAGAGAACAAUAG